GAUAUGUGAAAUCCCCUGUCAGCUCUGACACACUCUCAGGUUCCGAUUUCUAAAACGUUUAUAUACGAUUAGAGUUUGGAUUUGUGGAUAAUCCCCUGAUGAGUGAUGACGAAGGAAACCAAGUUUCAGCGCCUUUCCAUGUUUCCAAUUUUCAAUUUCAAUGGCGUCGCUUGCCUGCUCAACAUCUCUCUUCUGCUGCCCCUGUUAUCCUGCGCAACCGCUCAGACCGCCGCAGAGCAGCCACCCCCGCCCUCCGAACUCAUGUCGUUAGCGCAGAAGUUCAACCCCUCCAUGGCUAUUGUAAUGAUCGCCAUCGUAAGCGCCUUCUUCUUUAUGGGGUUUUUCUCAGUUUACCUCCGCCAGUGUAUCGAACGCCGCGUCCGCGGACGAUUCAACACGGAAAUCGUUGGAAUUGGCGGACAUCGCUCGUGGAUGGCGGCUCGUGGUCUGAACAGCUCGGAUGUCGAGAGGUUUCCCACUUUCGUAUACUCGGCGGUAAAGGCGCACAAGAUAGGGAAAGAGGGGCUGGAAUGCGCGGUGUGCCUAAACGAGUUCGAAGACGAUGAAACGCUGCGUUUGCUCCCCAAGUGCAAUCACGUGUUUCACUCCGACUGUAUCGAUCUUUGGUUGGCCUCUCACGUCACUUGUCCUGUUUGUCGUGCCAACCUUACUCCCAAACCAGGUGAAAAAUUCUGCGCUCCCGUACCCAUUUUUGGGCCGGAAACUGAAUCCGAUGAAUCGGACACCAGAGCAGAGAUCGUUGAGACGCCAAACCAAGUUCCGAUUGCCGUGGACGCGCAGUCCCCAGAUGUAAUGAACCAUGGCCGGGACACGCCGAAUCGUCCGCCAAGAUCAAGAUCGAUAAGGGCACGAAUCACUGGAAUGUUCCCGCGUUCGCACUCCACUGGUCAUUCGCUGAUUCAACCGGGUGAGAAUCGCGAGAGGUUUACGCUCAGAUUACCGGAGGAGAUAAGGAAUCAGAUCAUGAAUACGAGUUUAAGUCGUACAAAGAGUUGGGUAGCAUUGCCGGGUGUGCAGAGCUCGAAAAGGGGAUACAGGGCCAAUAGUGUGGGAAGUCUUCGGGGAAAGACCUAUUUUAACUACGAGCAAUUCAACGGGGAGGUCAGGGCGGAACGGUUGGGUUUUUCCAUGACGCCACCUUUCGUCCCAAGGACAGGUUCCUCCCACGCCCGCUCGCCCCAGGGCUGCGAGGGAUCUUUGACUCCUAAGACUCUCUUCAGGUCCCUAAAAUCCCCCUUCGAUCGUCUUUUUCUUCCGGGAGGCAGCGUUGGUGAACGCCUAUCUGAUAGACCCCGCUCCGAUAGUCCCGUUUAGAUGUCAACCAUGGGCUCCGGGCUUUAGAACUUGGUUUUUAAUUUUUUCGGUUUGGUUUCAAACCAAACAACAGGUUUUACAGGGUUAGAGAGGAGAUCUCCUUCCAUCUUUAUGAUUUUGAGACUGUGAGUUGAAUUCAAGAGUUUUUUCCAUUGAAUGAGUGGAUGUGCAUGCUGUACCAAAGUGGUGUGAAUCUCGAUUGUUGACCAAACUGUUUUAAGUGGUGACUGCCUUCCGGAUUUGGGUCGUUUUACCAGUGGCAGUGGGGAUGGACAUCAGCACCCAGCCCAAAUACUUCUGGGCUGGUCUUGAUUUGGUAAGGACUCAGGACUCUGGACUGUUUCUAAAAUUCCAAUCUCCCAACCAUAAAGCGGCCCUGUUCUUCAGUAUCGAUGGCUUGCCUGCGAUGGAACCAGGAGGAAUGGACUACAGCUUCACAAAAAACAAAGAUAUCUUACUGGAUAUAAGCCUAUUGGGCCCUUUGUUUUAGGCUCUGCAUAACGCAGAAGCCCAACUCUGUUUGUCAUGCAUGAAAUUAUCCAAUGAUCGGGCUAAAACUUCGAAAAAGAAUUUGGGCUAAUAAAUUGUCAUUCCAGAUA